AAUAAAAAACAUUUAAAAUGUUAAAUUGUCAAAAAAAAAACUUGUCAGAAAUUACUCAAUAUUUGUCACAAUUACUUAAAAUUUGUUCAAAAGAUUUUCCAAAUUUUCCAAAUUUACUCAAAAAUAGUUCAAGAUAACUCAAAAUUUUCUAAAAACAGUGAAAAAUUGACCAAAAAUGUCUUAAUGACUUGAAACGUCUUAAAAAUUAUUUGAAAUUUGUUCGUGAUUACUCAAAAGGUAGAAGAAAAUCUGUCCAAAAUUAUUCAAAGAACUUCUUCAAAGCAUUUUCAUUUUUAAUCACUGUGAUUACAUUCAAAUGAAAUUAAGUGUUCAAGGUUUGUUGUUUAAUCUUGGUAAAGGACAGAACUUGUUGUAGACAGCAAAUGACCACAAAGAUGCAAAGACAUAUUAGCUUAUUUAUCUCUCCUAAAGCCUCUGAUUGGUGAAUUAAGAAGAACCAAACUUAACAAACUAAACUGUGGGCAUUGUGGAUGGACUCUUAUUUUGAAAGGGAACUGAUUUUAGAGGGGACGUACAGUUUUGUGGACGGUUCUGGCUCCUUAUGAGACCCAGACAAGGUCAACUGGAAGAGAUUUCACCACAUGAAUGUGACACGAUUCGAUUCCUGGAGGAAGUUUUGGCUCAGACUUCAGGACGACGGUGACCAAACCUGGACUCGAUCCUGGAAAAGGGCGUCCGAUCCUGGAGCUUCAUGCUGGGUCUGGAUGAAAAGGGAGGCAGGAGAACAGAGGACGGAAGGAACCUGGCUCAGUUUCAUUGUUGGCCUUCAGUAAACUUCUGACUAUAGAACAAGAAAACCUCUUUCAACACUGUCCAAAGGAGAAAAAACAAAACAAUAGUACCGUGUGGAAUGGAGCUGUGCUGCAAACAAAACCAGGAGGCAUCUUUUCUGUUUUAGAGCACAAUGGACAAUAAUCAGCAUGCAGAUGGUCUUUUUUCUAAGUUACAGAUGCUGAUGAUGUCGUUUCAAACACAUUUUAACUUUUUUGUCUGUUUAGGUUUUUGGUGCAGAAAAGUAUUUCACACUUUUUUUCACACUGACAGAUACAGUGGUUGUUAAAAGUAUUCAGACUCCCUAAAGUUCUUCAUCGUUCUUUGCUGCCAUUUGCUAAAAUCAUUUAAUUUAUUGUUUUCCUCAGUGACGUACACGUAGGACCCAAUAUUUACCGAAAAACACAGAAUUGUAGAUAUUUUUGCAGAUUUAUUAAAAAAGAAAAACUGAAACUUCGCAUGGCCAGAGAGUAUUCAGACUCUUUGCUGUGACACUUUUAUAUUUAACUCAGGUGCUGUCCGUUUCUUCUGAUCAUCCUAUAGAUGCAGACCUCCACCAAUCGGGGCUUUAUGGCAGAGAGAUCCAACGGAAGCUUCUCCUCAGUGCAAGACACAUGAAAGCCCAUAUGGAGCUUACCAAAAAACACAUGAAGAACUCCCAGACUAUGAGAAAUGAGUUUCUCUGGUCUGAUGAGACCAAGAUGGAACUUUUUGGUGUUAAUUCUAAGCGGUACAUGUGGAGAAACCAGGCACUGCUCAUCACCUGCCCAAUACAAUCCCUACAGUGAAGCAUGGUGGUGGCAAUAAUAAAAUAUCCAGCUGUCCGGAUUCCCUCCCGCCGUGUCCUCCCCGACUCCCCUCCUGGACCCCUCCGGCACCAAGUUCCCCCUCCGGACCCCCAGGUCGGCUUCCCAUCCUCUUCCGCCGUGUUUCCCCUGGGUUCCCCUUUGGACCCCUCCGGCACUGAGUUUUCCCUCCUAGAUCCCCUGUUCGACUUCCCCACCUGCGUUCCCGGACUCGCCUGUCAGCCCCCUGCUCCGGCUCAUCUCCUGGCCCCCACCGGCUCCACUCCUACCUUCGGCUUCCCUCCUCUGCGUCUCCCCCGAGGCUUCGGAGCCGUCAGACACCUCCCGGGCCAUCUAUCAUCGCGACGCUCCUGGAUCGUCAGCGCCUGGCGUCUCCACGCCUCCUACGUCCGCCUCCCCCACCGGCUCUUCGUCCUCCACCUGCCUCCGGCCGCCAGGGAUCCAUCCACCACAAACCGCCGCACUCUGGUUCCCCCCAGAACCAACUGUGACCGCCGAUCCCAAGCUCCGGAGCCCCUGACUCGGACUCACUCUGCCAUCAUCCUCCCACACGCACCCCGGCUCCUCUCACCAUCUCCAUCUCCCCUUUUCCCUGCAAUAAACUCCUUUACAUCCAUCCCUGCCUUGGUAUUGUGGUUCUCUGCUCGGGUCCUGUCUCCUAAAACCGUGACACAAACGCUGCAGGGACGGGAUGACUGGUUGCAACUGAAUGAAAGAUGA